AGCUUAUCGCUCAACUUCUUUCAACAAAUAUGAAGUUCCUUAUCCUUACCGCGCUCUGCGCAGUCACGCUUGCCUUUGUCCCAAUCAAUCAUCAAUCGGCUGUUGAGACCCUCACCGGUCAGGCUCUUGUUGAUUAUGUCAACUCAGCUCAAUCUUUGUUCAAGACUGAGCAUGUUGAGAUUACCGAGGAGGAGAUGAAAUUCAAGCUUAUGGAUGGAAAGUACGCUGCUGCCCACUCCGAUGAAAUCCGUGCCACCGAACAAGAAGUUGUUCUCGCCUCUGUCCCAGCCACCUUCGAUUCUCGUACCCAAUGGUCCGAGUGCAAGUCCAUCAAGCUUAUCCGUGACCAAGCCACCUGUGGAUCCUGCUGGGCUUUCGGAGCAGCUGAGAUGAUCUCUGACCGUACCUGCAUUGAGACCAAGGGAGCCCAACAACCAAUCAUCUCUCCAGAUGAUCUUCUCUCCUGCUGCGGAUCUUCCUGCGGAAAUGGAUGUGAAGGAGGAUACCCAAUUCAAGCUCUCAGAUGGUGGGACUCAAAGGGAGUUGUUACUGGUGGAGACUACCACGGAGCUGGAUGCAAACCAUACCCAAUUGCCCCAUGCACAUCUGGAAACUGCCCAGAAUCCAAGACUCCAUCUUGCUCAAUGAGCUGCCAAUCUGGAUAUUCAACUGCCUACGCCAAGGACAAGCACUUCGGAGUCUCUGCCUACGCUGUUCCAAAGAAUGCUGCAUCCAUCCAAGCUGAAAUCUACGCUAAUGGACCAGUUGAGGCUGCAUUCUCUGUUUACGAAGACUUCUACAAAUACAAGAGCGGAGUUUACAAGCACACCGCCGGAAAGUACCUCGGAGGACACGCCAUUAAGAUCAUCGGAUGGGGAACUGAGAGCGGAUCUCCAUACUGGCUUGUUGCCAACUCAUGGGGAGUUAACUGGGGAGAGAGCGGUUUCUUCAAGAUCUACCGUGGAGAUGAUCAAUGCGGAAUUGAAUCAGCAGUUGUCGCCGGAAAGGCCAAGGUCUAAAUGCAUUAUGUACACAAUUUUUGUAAUUACCAUCUGCCAAAUAAAAAUGUUCAUAAUUU